AUGCUGAUGAAGAGUGUAUCAUUCAACCAGGACAAUUCAUGCCUUGCAGUAGGAACUUCCCACAACAACUUCAAGAUAUACAACUGCGAUCCGUUUGGGGAGUGCUACAGCCUGAAGAAUACCGACAAUGCGAACGCCGAUUUCAACGAAAUUUUAACCUCGGGACCGGUAGGUGACACCGGGGGAAUCACAAACAUUGAGAUGUUGUACUCCACGUCGCUAGUGGCGCUCACAGACCAGGCUACGCAGCUGAAACGACUCAUAAUCUUUAACUUUGCCACCAAAAAGGUUAUCUGCACGUUGAAGUUCACACACGAGAUUGCCACCAUCAAGCUUAACCGCCACCGGAUGGUGGUGUGGUUGAAGAGUAGCCAGAUCUACAUCUACGACAUCUCCCGGAUGAAGCUCUUGAAGGUGCUAGACUAUACUGUUCCCCGCGAGAGUGAGCCCAGACCCGGAAAGCCGCAGGGACAGGAGUCGGACGAGGCACUUGGUGAUUUGGCGACUAAUUCAUACCUCUACGUGCCGUAUCUCCUCGGUGAAACCCGCGGAAAGGUGCGGAGCAUCAUCACCGUCUAUGACACAAUCAACCUCAAGACGGUCACAACCCUAGAAAACCCACACAAGUCACCCGUUGCCAGCUUGACAGUGGCCCAGAGUGGCGAGUGGAUGGCCACCGCAAGCAACAAGGGCACCAUCAUCCGCGUGUUCCAGAUCGCCCAUGCGGAGGAGACAACAAUCACCAAGGUGUUUGACUUUCGGCGCGGCAGACGCGGCAACCGCAUACAGUGCAUGGCAUUUGGUUUCAAGGAUUUUGCCCACGGGACCGAGAGGGGCCGCUCUGCCAAAAAGGGGCCGUUGAUUACCGGGGACGGCGCCAUACGCGAGAACAUGUUGCUUGUGAGCUCUGAAAGCAACACCAUCCACGUGUUCCGCUUGGACACAAAGGCCGACCGGCGCGGAAACAGCAUAUCGUCCGUGAACUCUGACAGAAGACGGUCCGUUAGCGAUGCCGAGACAUACGGCGCGUCGGACUACGAGUCCGAUGGCGACGCAGUAUCGCAGUCAGAGUCUGUGGCUAGCUUGCACAAGGUGUUGGACCUGAGUUACAGGUCCAAGUCCAAAUCGCCCUCCCCAGUCACCCAGGAUGUUCCCGUACCUGAAGCCGUCGAGCCCGUGACUCGGGGGUUCUUGUCUGGCACCAUCUCCAGCUUGUGGUCAUCCACCAAGAGCAACCUAUCUAACUACACCUCGCACUACCAGACCACCGCAUCCACUACGUCGCACUUGUUUAACCCUAUUUACAACCAGUUGAACGAUUGGUACGAGCCUACGCGAGACUACGCCGUCAUCCACCUUCCGUCGCAAGACCAUCUGAACUCGCUCCCCUCACACAUGGUCGAGUCCCAGGACCAUGAUUCGGUGAACAGCGAAGAUUCGGGUGCCAAGGACACCCAGACCAGAAACCCAAAGAGGAGUAGGAAGGUUUUGGGCGUCGACAGACACACCGGGGAGUUGAUGAUCUGCUGCAGCGACGGGUGGUUCUACGUGUACGAUUUGCAGGUGCGAGAGGCGACAAUGGAGGGUGAGAAGGGAGCCACCGGUGGGGUCUGCAGGUUGAGAAAGAGCUACUACGUAUUGUGA